AUGGGCUUCUUUUGUUGUUGUUUUAAUUCUGAUGCAAAGGAGGAGAGGAGUUCAAGAAGAAGUGCAAAGGUUAGAAGGGAAGGGAAGACACUCCAUUCUCUAAUUCAUAACAUUUCCAUUGAAUCAGCAAACCAGAGGCAUAGAACAAUAGCCGAAGAGAUUCUGCAGAUUGGCAGUGGCGAUACAGCGACUCGGGUAUUCACAUUCAGUGAGUUGGAAGCUGCAACUGAAAACUUUGCAGAUGAAUGUUUGCUGGGAGAAGGAGGAUUCGGAAGAGUGUACAAAGGACAUCUGGAAGACUUAAAUCAAGAUAUAGCUGUUAAGCAGUUAGACAGGAAUGGAUUACAAGGGAAUAGAGAGUUCCUCGUCGAAGUACUCAUGCUUAGCCUGUUACAUCACCAAAAUCUUGUCAAUUUGCUUGGCUAUUGUGCUGAUGGCAAUCAGAGAGUUCUAGUUUAUGAGUACAUGCCCUUGGGCUCUUUAGAGGAUCAUCUUCUCGAUCUACCGCCAAAUAAGAAACCGUUAGAUUGGAAUACAAGAAUGAGAAUAGCUGAAGGUGCAGCAAAAGGACUAGAGUAUUUACAUGAUGUAGCCAAUCCACCGGUGAUAUAUCGAGAUUUCAAGGCAUCUAAUAUACUUCUUGACAAAGGAUUCAACCCGAAAUUAUCUGAUUUUGGUUUAGCGAAGGUUGGUCCGGUCGGAGAUAAGAGUCAUGUGUCUACUAGAGUGAUGGGCACUUAUGGUUAUUGUGCUCCGGAGUAUGCACUCACUGGUCAGUUAACAACAAUGUCGGAUGUGUACAGUUUCGGAGUUGUGUUUUUGGAAAUAAUUACAGGGAGAAGAGCAAUCGAUACUGCAAGGUCAUCAGGCGAGCAAAAUCUUGUUGAAUGGGCAGAACCAUUGUUCAAAGACAAGAAGAGAUUUAUAGAAAUGGCUGAUCCCCUACUAGAAGGAAACUACCCUGUAAAGGGUUUGUAUCAAGCUCUUGCAGUUGCAGCAAUGUGCCUGCAACAAGAAGCUAGCACUCGACCAUUGAUAGGCGAUGUUGUUACCGCACUAGAAUAUCUUACUAUUUCGCAUAAUAAAUCCACACUCGGCAUGGAAGAAAGCUUGCCGAGGAGUUUAUCUUGUGCCAGUUCAGAAGAGAAUGUCAUCAAUGAAACAAAUGAAGAGAAAGAUGCAAUAUCUUCUCAACAAAUUGAAGAAGAAGAAGAAGAAGAAGAGUGUCAUUUGUCUGAAAGUAAAGAUGAAAAAGAUGAAGUUAAUCAUCAAGGUGGUAGCAUGGAACUAGAGCAGCAACAUUCUGAUAAAGUUCACAGUUGA